GUUAAACUUCAAUCUAUCUGAUCUCAAACUUCAAAUUAACCACAAUCCUCCUCUCCUCUUUGCAAGCAUGAGAUUCCCUUCUCCCCUCUCACCAUCCUUAUCUUUUCCUCUUCUCUUCAUUCUCGCCUCCUUCCUCUCUUUUUUCACACCUUCAGCAACCCAAAAUUUUCUGUACAGAGGCUCUUCUCUGUCUGUUGAAGAUGAAUCAGACCUUCUCACCUCUCCAGACAAAUCCUUCACCGCUGGAUUUGACGAGGUCGGUUCAAAUGCUUUCUGUUUCUCAAUCUGGUUUACCAAUUCGGUGAACAGAACCGUAGUAUGGAUGGCCAAUCGAGGCAGGCCAGUGAAUGGUCAUCAUUCCACGCUUACACUUCGGAAAGAUGGAAUCAUGGUUCUCGCCGAUCUCGACGGCUCAACAAUUUGGUCUUCCAACGACACUGAAACCAACGGCCAGAAAGUCGAGCUUCUCAACUCUGGAAAUCUUGUCCUAAGAGACCCAAAAGGUACAAUCCUCUGGCAAAGCUUUGAUUCUCCCACUGAUACACUUCUUCCUUUACAGAUCUUCACCAAGAUCAACAAGCUCGUAUCUGCCAAGGGUGAAGGUAUGUAUUCUUCGGGAUAUUAUAAUUUUUUAUUUGAUAACGAUAAUGCUUUGAGGCUUAUGUAUGACGGACCGGAGAUUUCUAGUGUGUAUUGGCCCAAUCUUGAUAAAAGUCUGUUUCAGAAUGGCAGAACAACUUACAAUAGUAGUAGAAUUGCAAUUCUUGAUGAUAUGGGUAGAUUCUCUUCCAGUGAUAGAAUGACAUUUUCUGCUUCUGAUUUGGGUUUUGGGAUUAAAAGGAGACUCACCAUGGACUAUGAUGGUAAUCUGAGACUUUAUAGCUUGAAUGAGUCAAAUGGGUUGUGGAACAUCACCUGGGAAGCUCUCCAACAGCAGUGCAAGGUCCAUGGGCUGUGUGGCAGAAAUGGGAUUUGUGUGUAUACACUGAAACCCCAGUGUUCUUGUCCUCCUGGUUAUGAAAUGAGUGACCAGCAGGACUGGAACCAAGGUUGCAAACCUAAGUUUGAUAAUCAGAAUUGUGAUCCAAAUCAAAAGGUAAGGUUUGUGGAGCUUCCACAAGUGGAUUUUUAUGGAUUUGACCUUGACUACUUGGAAGACAAAUCGUUUGAAGCUUGCAGGGAGCUCUGCUCAAACAAUUGCUCUUGUGAAGCUUUUGGAUAUAGGUUGUUAACAGGGGAAGCGAAAUGUUACCUGAAAAGCGCACUCUUCAAUGGGUACAAAUCUCCAUACUUCCCAGGUAGCAUAUAUUUGAAACUGCCUGAAACUUUGAAAACCCCAGAAGACUUUUUCUUCGAAGGAUAUGAUACCACUUGUGGAUCUUCUAAACUUCAAAAUCCUUCAUCUUCUAUUACAUAUGCAAUGCAGGGUGGAAGGACGAAGUGGGUGUAUCUAUAUUCAUUUGCUUCAAUCCUUGGUGCAAUAGAAAUUUUGUUCAUCACUUUGGGUUGGUGGUUAAUUUUUAGGAGAAAUGGAAUGCCAGUAUCAGUAGAGGAUGGAUACCGAGCAAUAUCUAACCAAUUUAGGAAGUUUACAUACAGAGAGCUGAGCAGGGCAACCAAUAACUUCAAAGAAGAAUUGGGAAGAGGAGGUUCUGGGGUUGUUUAUAAAGGAGUUUUGGGUGACAACAGGGUAGUGGCAGUGAAGAAAUUGGGAGAUAUAAUUCAAGGGGAAGAAGAGUUUUGGGCUGAAGUGAGUACAUUUGGGAGAAUCAACCACAUGAACCUAGUGAGAAUUUGGGGGUUCUGUUCAGAAAAGGUCCAUAGACUCUUAGUCUAUGAGUAUGUGGAGAAUGGGUCACUGGAUAAGCAUUUGUUCUCUAAUGUCAAUAGCAGUGGUCAUCAUAGUGAUGGAUAUACUUUGCUGGGAUGGAAGGAGAGGUUUAAGAUUGCUUUAGGGGCUGCCAAAGGUUUAGCAUACCUUCACCAUGAGUGUCUAGAGUGGGUUAUCCACUGUGAUGUGAAGCCUGAAAACAUACUACUGGACCAUGAUUUUGAACCCAAGAUUGCAGAUUUUGGACUUGCAAAAUUGUCCCAAAGAGGUAGUUCCGGUUCUGAGUUCUCUAGGAUCCGAGGAACCAAGGGAUACAUGGCUCCGGAGUGGGCAUUGAACCUUCCCGUCACUGCAAAGGUUGAUGUUUAUAGUUAUGGAGUUGUCCUUCUAGAGAUUGUCAAGGGGAUUCGGCUUUCAAGUUGGGCCUCGGUGGAUGGUAAUGAGGAGCAAGAGGCAAUGCUCACAAGAUUUAUGAGAGAAGUGAGAAGGAAAAUUCAAAAUGGAGAAGAUUUGUGGGUUGAAGAUGCUGUGGACCCAAGAUUGAAAGGGCUAUUCAACAGGAACCAAGCCACAACAAUGGUUGAGAUUGGGAUCUCUUGUUUAGAAGAGGAUAGAAGCAAAAGACCAACCAUGGAUGUUGUAGUUCAGGCUCUACUGGAGUGUGAAGAUGAACCAGAAGGCCAUAUAUAGAAAGAAUGCUGUCAUAAAUAGUUGAUAUGUAUGUGUUUCCUUUUUUCUUCCCCUUCGUUCAUCUUCCCCCCAACCCCUUUUUGUGAAGGGUGAAAAAGUUAUGUUUCCAUCACAUGCCAACAAUUUGUUAUGUUUUCCUUUGUGAAUAAAU